AUUCAAAUAGUGGUAACCUGCUUUAAUCAACUGCUUGAAGAUGAUUUCAAGCCCUUCUUCAAGAUCUUGAAUGCUUGACCCUGCCUUUUGGAGUUCAAUUUGUGCAUUCUCAAUUCCAAUACUUGUCUUGCCUCCGAUGAUGGAGAGCAGUGUAGCUUCAGCAUUGGUGAUCUCAUUUUCAUUCUCUUCUCCUUCACAUGCUAUUCUUUUCUUCUGCCAUAGCUUUGAAACUGCUAACCAACGGCAUGUUUUUGAUCCUGUCUGUGGUGCAAAUACAAAGAGCAACAAGGAUUCCAUGACAUUGAGAGUGAUUGCUCUUGCAUCUUGCAUCUUGGAGGAUGUUAACUAUUGAUCUAGUUUCAUUGCAAUUGUUUUCUUUCUUCUUCAAAUUGUUUAAGGUCUUCUUCAUUGCCUUCCUAGAGGCUAAGUAUUUCUUAACCUCUUGUGUGAUUUUAGCUCCUUGCCUUCUGCGCAGAACUGAUUGGAGUUCCUGAGUGCAUUCCUUGGUUUGUGUUGGAACUGUUCCAGAUAAGCAUGCCACCAAAGCUGCUAUGUUGUUGUCCGGUUGAGUCUAUUUAUUUUUUAUUUGAAUUUAAUUUAGUUUGUUUGCAGUUUGAAUUAGUUUUAGGUGUUUUUAAGUUUAUAGUAGUUUGUUUAAGUUUGUUUGUAUUGGAUAACUAUUGAGGUAGUUUUGUAACUACCUUUUUCUGUGUAUUUAAGUAUUUUGCAUAAUGAAAAUUGUGUUGCUUUUGCAUUCAAUCUCUCCUUUGUUAGUUCCAUUUCCUUUAAUUGGUAUUAGAGCUUUUUUGAUCCGUGAAGCUUUCAUGUCUUUCAAUUUGCUCCCACUGCUGCAGCUUUGACACCAUAACUCUAACACUCCUCCUUGGUGUUAAAGCUGUAAAAUCAAAACAAAAAUAGAUUUAUGCCUAAGCACCUGGGAUCAGCCCUUUGUUACCCAUCUUGUGCUUGGUUUUCACAUUUUUCUCCACAGUCACGUACCAUCCUUCUCAAACAACCUUAACUCCUCCUUCAUUACAGCUUUCCUUCUUUGGAUUUUGUUGCCCCAAACAAAUUUUGGAGGUUUUGCAACUAAGUUGCAUUUUCUGAGUAAAUAAAACAAGGAUUUUGGUACCUCAAAGUGCUGCUUCAUCAUCUUCUACAUCUUCUACAGCUUUCUUGGGCUAAAGACUUGGCUACUCGGUCAUGAAAAUGACUU